AUGGCGAGGCGCUGUCGCGGAGGGCGCAAGCGCGCCGUCUUGGAGGGCGGCCUGACUCCCAAAGCCGCGCUCUACCCGCACGGCUUCUGCGACGAGCUGUCCAAGCUGAUCGCCGACAACCUGGACGGGCCGACUCCGCCGCCACCGGCGGAGAGUUCGGCGCCCGCUGGAGCGUUCGAGGCCCUCUGGCUGAACGACUACGUCGGCUUCGCUCCCUGGCAGCUCCACUGCCACCGCCCUUUCCGCAAGCCCCUCCACAUCAACUUGCUGGAGAUUGACGCGGCCUGCGACGCGGUGGACGAGCAGGGCCUACGGUUCCCUGAUUGCAAGCACAACCUCCUCCUGGACUCCCGCGUCUCGAUCGGGGCCAUCAGCAAGGGCCGCUCCUCAUCGACUGCGAUCAACAAGCUCUUGAGAGGGAGGGCCCCGUUGCAGCUGGCCGCGGGCUCGCACGUCGGAUGCCACUUCGCGCCGACGCGCCUGCAGCCAGCCGACGCCCCGUCGCGCACGCUCCGCGACCCGGCGAGCGCUCUGGCCCGCGGGGCCGAGGCUCCACCUCCCGCUCCGCGCUGGCUGGCCGGCCUCGAGGCCGGGGGCGCCUCAGCCUUCCGCGCUUGGGCUGCGCCCCCGCUGCAGCGCCGGAAGCAGUCGCGGUGGGCUUGGCUGGUGGCGUGCCUCUGGUGGCGCGGGCUCCUGCGGCUCGCCCCUCGACCGCGGGUGCGCGACCCCGCGCUGGGCUUCCUGGGCGAGGGCCCGCGCGGCGGAGCCUGGCCGGCGCGGCCGCUGGGCCGCCUUUUCGGGCUCUUGGUGGCGCUGCUGCUGCGGGGCCCUGCUGCCGCGCCGCGCCCGCCGACCGCCCGCCCCGCGGGGGUGGACUUGGCGGCCGCGCGCGGCCUGACGCCAGUGGUCCAGGCGCGCCGUGCUGCCCUCGUCUCGCAGCUCCAGCACUGGCUGGCGGGCUGCGGCGGGCCCAGCUGGGACCUGUUCAUCCUGAUGGACCCAGCUACGGUGGCUCGCUACCUGGCUAAGUACGGCCAGUUUUUGUACGACACGAUGCGGAGCCGCCACGACUACGACGAGACGAUCAAUGCUGUGGUGGACGCAAAUCGUGCCCUCCGACACCGGCUCGACGCUGCGUGGGACAUCUCCUUCACGUGGAAGCACCUGACGCCUGGGGCCACGUUUUGGUAUAGGCUCACAGAUUCGCCAGACUGGGUUCGCUACAGGGGCAGGUGGCUCUCCAGUAGGAUGCUAGAGAUUUACAUCCAGGAGGUCCGGCUUUUCGCCGAGGCUGCCGGCGACCUCCUUUUCGAGGCCACCUAG